AUGGCCGGCGAGCGCUGGGACCGGGAUCGCUUCAUGUACGAGCGGGACCGCGUCGAAGAUGACCGAUAUUACAUGAGAGGCGGGCGCAGCCGUGACCAUUCCGACGAAAGGCAUGACCGUCCCAGAUACCACGAUGACGACCUGGUCCGCGACCGACGAUAUUAUGACGAUGAGCCGCGCUUUGACCCAAGGCGGGAACGAGCACCCUCGGGCCCCGACUACGACCGCCGGGUUGUCAUGGAAAAGGAGCGCGACCGCGAGUAUUACCGCGAUUCUUCUCCCAGGCGGCCUGCCUUUCUCCGGCGUCAAUCGUCCCUGGACACCUUCGACCGGCGCCCGCUCCGACGCAUCUAUGAACCGCGUGAAGAAUACCCUGCCCCGGCCCGCCGCGAAGACAUUUACCGCGAGGACUAUCGUGCACCUCCAUACACGCCUAUUCCUCUGCCAAAGACCCGUGGACUGCCACCCCCAAGACAAUAUCGCGACCGAGGUUUCUACGACGAUAUAAACGUCGUUGAUCCUGAUCGCUAUGGCGACGACGAGUACCGUCCAUACCCCGAGCGGGUCCGCGAGCGGGAAUUAGUCCGCGAGCGAGAGCGGAGGGAUCGGAGCCGCGAGUCUCGUUCCACCCGGACUCGUACUCAUCGUGCUAGCUCUCGCUCCUCCUCGACAACUAGCCAUUCAUCCAGCAGCGCCGGAGGGACGACCGUCCGGAGCGAGUAUCCGAAGAAGGGCAAGACGAAGAUUCCCGCGAGGCUUGUGUCCAAGCGUGCUCUGAUCGAUCUCGGCUACCCUUACGUGGAAGAGGGGAACACGAUAAUUGUCCAGAAGGCCCUUGGCCAAGACAACAUUGACGAGCUGCUCAAGCUGACCGAGCUCGAGGUAGCCGCAGCACGUUCAUCGGCUGGGGCCAUCGAGGAGCGCAAGGAGGAAUUCGUCAUUCCGCCACCCGUGGCAGUACCACCGCCGCCUCCUCCCCCUCAAGUGGUUAUCCCUCCGCCUCCACCAGCCCCUGUGGUCGUUGACGCCGCGCCUGCGGUCGAGAUAGUCGACAGGACGAAGACUGUAAUCCGCGAGUCCUCGCCAGCCAGAACUGUUACGACUUCUACAAGCUAUGAUACCUACCCGCACCACCACCAUCACCAUCACCAUCAUGAUGAACUAGUUGUCGGCCCAGUCGUGGAGCGUUCUCGAUCCCGGUCUCGCUCUGGGCGAGACAUCCGAGCCGAGAUACGGGCUCUGGAGAUGGAGCUGGCUCACCGCCCCCGAGGCGACCUUGGCGAGCGCGAAAUUAUCCGCACUGAGAGGCUACCUGACGGUCAGCUAGUCGUGUACGAGGAGAAGGUGGAGAGGGAAAUUGCUGGCCCCAAGCCGCCGCGGAUUGAAAAGGACAAGAAAGGUCAUCACGCAAUCUCCGUUGAGCGGGCAGAGUCGGACCCUGCUCUCGAGAUUCGCGACUCAAAGAGCCCUUCUCCCUUCAAGGCUGGCCAGCACACGUCGAAGCGGCAAAAUGACACGCUGUGCAACACCAAUGGCGGCCGGCAGUGGACUGGCACGGUGGACGUGACUGACCACCGGCGCCUCUUCUACUGGUUCUUUGAAAGCAGAGGCAACCCGAAGAAGGACCCGAUUGUCCUCUGGAUCAAUGGGGGACCGGGAGAAUCGAGCAUGUACGGCGCCCUCACUGAGAUGGGUGCCUGCACCCUCGUGCCGGGCACAAACACGACAGAGCCGAACCCUUGGAGCUGGAACAACAACGCCUCUGUGCUGUUCCUUGAGCAACCCGCUGGUGCAGGAUUGUCCCAGGUAUCGGAUGAGGACCACCUCUCGACCGGAGAUGAAGACGCGGCCGAAGACUUUCAGACGUUCCUCAACAUCUUCUUCACAAAGCUGUUUCCUCAGAGGGCACACCUGCCGAUCCAUUUCGCUGCAGAGUCGUACGGAGGUCAUUACGCGCCAACGUAUGUCAAGCACAUUCUUGAUGCUCGUAGGUACGGGAGCAAGAACGCCUUCAAGGGCAACAUCACAUCAAUGAUCAUCGUGAACGGCCUAGUUGAUCUUCCCGCAACGGCCUUGGGCGCGUACGAGUUGCUUUGCGAAAGCGAUCGUGGCAAGGACAUUUUGAAUGCGACAGCCUGUGAUGCCAUGCGCGAGAUAUUCCCAGAGUGUUGGAGGCAGCGUCAAGCGUGCUUGGCGACGGACGACCCCAUUCUGUGUUACGGCGCAGCCACGUACUGCCAGAAGUGGCAACCUUUCUACGAUGCAUCAGGGCGAGAUCUUUAUGACAUCCGCCACAUAUGCUCAGACGCAGCUUGCGCAGAUCCUGUCCAGGGUAAUAUAACAGCGUACUUUCGCCAGCCCAGCGUCCUUUCUGCUCUCGGUCUCCCAGAGGAUUUCGUUUUCCUUGAUGCGAACUGGGUACUUGGCGGCAAGUACUGGAGUGCAGGGUAUUCUGAAGGCUACUCAUACUACCGCUCCAUGCUCUCGGACAUUGCGAGUGUGCUCGAUGCCCAUCAGACGCAGGAAAACGCCCCCAUCAGGCUGUUGGUUCUGAACGGCAACGAUGACUUCAUCUGCAAUACGCCCGGCAACAAGAUGGCUUACGAUGAAGUACGAUGGAGCGGGCAGGCAGAAUACCGCGCGGCGCGAUGGGCGGCCCUCCCUGAGCACUUCAAAGGCACGGGCGAGUGGAAGGGCACGAGGGACAGGAAACUGGUGUUCGUCGGGAUUGAUGAGGCGGGUCACGAGGUGCCGCGGUUUCAACGAGAAGCCAGCUACAGGAUUCUGAUGAGCUGGAUGUCAGGGUGGCGUGAGUGA